UGUUGGCGGUUGUUUACAUCGUCCUCUCACUGCGCGUCGAACGGUCGGACGAUGUAUCGGACGUUAACUCUGCUGGCCGAAUCCAUAACCAAAACUCCUCUCAAUCUUCAAGAGGCUAGUGCUACACUUCUACCUCCAAAACCGCUGUAUCGCAGACUUCUUCGCGCGCACCGGUAUCUGCCUAGAGAAAUGCGAUCGCUAGGAGAUGAUUAUGUGAAGGCUGAAUUUCGACGACACAGGACAGUCACAAAUCCCGUACACAUCAUUGGCUUCCUUUCGCAGUGGAAAAUGUACCUUCAGGAACUUCCGCAGGGUCCGGCGGGCGAGACAUUCAGAGGGAAGAAGCUCGACCAGAUGCAACUUGAGAAAAUGUCUUCGGAACAGCUCGGGCAAUUAUAUGAACUGAUGCAGGAAACGAAGGAUAUAUGGAAGUAGGAACAAGGCGUUGACAUCGACAUCGACAUCGACAUCGGGAGAACCUCCCUCUCUCUCUCCACGAAUGAAUGAAAGGUGAAGAUACUCUACGCAAGUGUUGGAAGCCCUGGUACUUCAAACCCAACUGUUGGGCUCCAGCCUCUAUUCAAUAAUUCAAUUCUCUAUUUUAGGAUUGUACUAAAACCCUGGAGAAUCUUGUCAAUCUAACCUGAAUAACACCACUCGUGAAAGAAUUCUCGUCAUUGUCCUGUCCGGUAUCUGUAACCGGGCAUCUGUGCCGAACACUCACUCUGGAUUCAUGUUCUGUUGCAGUGACG